AUGCCACCGAAUCUGGACCUUACCCAAGACGUCCCUGAAGAAGUUCUUCCAGUCCUUUCGCUUCACAAACGUCUAUGGGUCAAAGUUCAUGUCUUUCUCUUCCAGAAUAUGAGGGGAAGAAGCCUUUUUGUUGACAAGACCCUCGUUGGCAAGACUUCUAUCCCGCUGGACCAGUUUAUUGUCAACGAGCAGCUAGCUGCAAUCUCCGAGAAUACUCUCUCCACAGCAUCUGGGUACGAGUUUUGUGACGCCCAGGCUGGCUCUGAGUCCUUUUACAAGUACAUUGCAAGCUUCAACAGUAAGGUCGAUGUGUCUCCGCCAAACCAAGUUUUCCUACCAAGACUGUCCAACCAAUCGACCAUGCCAGCAUCACCAAGAAGGCCAUUUUGGCAUCAAAGACCACGGCCACCAAAAAUGCUGCAACCAAAGCUCAAGAGCGAGUCCUACUGUUCUGGCAAAUCCUCUUUGGCCAUUUCAUCACCCACUUGGAUGGGAGUGUUGAAUACGGCUCACCAUGCUCUCUUUGACUGGGAUAUCCAUUGCAUCCAGGCAGCUGGGAUGGCGGCGAUCCAAAGAGCCAGCUUUACCACCAGAUCUUUGGUAAUGAACCCAUCCGAUGCACUGUCCUGGUUUAGUCUCCUUCAGUUCCUCCCUUCCGUCAGGACAGACAAGGACUUGGCCUUGCAUAUUAACAAAGAUGUAGAAGCCUGUAUGCAAGAAGACAUGGGCGAGCAUGUCACCAAAGGGCCUCCAAGAAGACGAAAUUAUACUCAAAGGGUCGCUGCACCUCCAUUGCCAACAUCAAAUGCACCAUCUCCAACGUAG